GUUUCUAUUUGCCAACCGGAACCCCUCGAAUGCGCGGCUGAUCCAAUCGGCGAUGCUGGACGGUCCCCGGGCUUUCUCAACCUCAACUUCUCUCUUUCAGCCUGCCUCCAGUCCUGCAUAUUACGGGUCGCUUACGACGUGAUUACACUGUAUUUUCUCUAGCUUCAGUCUUUUUUUCUGGAGCUUGAAACUCCGAACUCGAGGCGGAUCCGACUAGCUUCACUUUCCCCCUCCUUGUCAGCAGCCAUCGACCCCGCGCCUUUACCACUACUACCACCACCUCCUCCACCACCUCCACCUCCUCCUCCGUCAGCAUGUCCAAGUACGGCGUCCUAGUGAUGGGCCCCGCGGGCGCGGGCAAAACCACAUUUUGCAGCUCCAUCAUCCAGCACCUCCAGAACACCCGGCGCAGCUGCUUCUACGUGAACCUUGACCCCGCAGCCGAGACCUUCAACUAUGAGCCCGAUCUGGACAUCCGCGAACUCAUCACCCUGGAGGAUGUCAUGGAAGAGCUGGGACUGGGUCCCAAUGGCGGUCUCAUCUACUGCUUUGAGUUCCUGCUGCAAAAUCUGGAAUUCCUAUCGGAGGCGCUCGAUCCGCUCAGCGAAGAGUACCUGAUUAUCUUCGACAUGCCCGGUCAGAUCGAGCUGUACACGCACAUUCCACUGUUGCCGUCGCUGGUGCAGUUUCUGUCGCGCCAGGGUCCAUUGAAUAUCAGUCUCUGUGCGGCGUAUCUGCUCGAGAGCACGUUCGUCGUGGACAAGGCCAAGUUCUUUGCCGGCACGUUGAGUGCCAUGUCCGCCAUGCUGAUGCUGGAGAUGCCCCACGUUAACAUUCUGAGUAAGAUGGACCAGGUGCGGGAUAUGAUCUCGCGCAAGGAGCUCAAGCAGUUCACCAAUGUGGAUAUCAACAAUCUGCUGGGCAGUACUGCGGAGGAUGAGACCGUUGGGGGCGAUCCAUCGUCGAAAGAUACGAUGUUGAGUGGAGGCUCGUUCCAGCAGUUGAAUCGCGCGGUCGGCCAGCUCAUUGAUGACUUCAGCAUGGUUUCCUUCCUUAAGCUGGAUGUGCAGGAUGAGGACAGUGUCGCAGCUGUUUUGAGUCACAUCGAUGAUGCGAUCCAGUACCAUGAAGCGCAGGAACCACGCGAGCCGUCGGACGCCCAAGAGGUGGAUUACGAGGAUUGAGCUGUAAGCAGCAGGGGCUGAGCGCCGCGGCGAUUACGCCAUCACGUCAGGAUCCGGGCCUGGCUAGCGCAUACUCCGUCGAGGUAUAUUAAGUUGCAGCGGGAUGAACCCGCUGCUGAGUAACAGCAACUCCACACUGUCGAACUGCCGUCACAGUCUGCCAUAAGCAUCCCACCCUGCGUUGGGGCCAAAAAGAGGGCAGAUAUUCGUAUCAUAUACGAACAAUGACACCGAAGGAAUCGAGCGAUCAACCAUUCCAACAAACAGGAAUGUGAGCCGAAGAUCAUGUAAUUGCCAAGCAUGACACCUACACCAUACCUAAGACAACCCAAUAGCAAUGCAAAACAACCAAUCAUGCACUUU